AUGGUGCGCUUGUCACAACAGAGUGACUUUCGGCUGGAUCUGACGCUGGCGGCACGGUACUACGGUCAGAACCGAACGAAGCAGGACGUGGUGCCAGCACUACGAGGACGCCAGCUCACCAAGGCCACCAUAAGCGAGCUCAUUGCGAGCGGCUGCUGUGGAGGCUAUCAGUUGAAGCACCUGGAGGCCUGGUUCAACGCGGUGAAUAGCAAUGCGAACGAGAUGCAGGUCUUUCAGGCGCGAUUGCAUGUUUGCUGGGCGGAGCCCGAGUUGAAGCAGAUGUGCGGAUCGUUGGCGAGGAAGCUGAGGUCGAUGAUGGGUGGUACUGCGAAGGAAGACCCAGACCACACCCGCACCCUUACUACGCGUACAGUGUACAGGUAUUGGAACCUGGUCACCUUUGCCUUGCAGGCAACGGUGCAGAGAAUCCGUUAUUGGCAAGCCGUCGUGCGGCAACCUUACAACCACACCCACUUGCUCUCCGUCUUCUUCGGACAGGUGCGGCGGGAGCUGAAUGCUGACUUGCGAUGUCCUCCGACCUUCCUGGAGGACGGCUCACUGAACGUCGACGAG